AGGAAGCAGCUUCGGUAUUUAGAGAGAAUAUAAAUAGCCUAGCUGUGUGGUUCCCAACCACAGCCUCCCUGAACAUCUCAGCAGGCAGGGUUCCUCGUCUGUCUGUCUGUCUGUCUCCCCAGCCUGACCCGGGACAGAGGAGAGCAGACUGGCCAAGGGCAGGGGAGACCCAUGAAAGGUUUUUGACUGUGCCACCCCCCCCAACACAGACACACCUUUACAUACAUAAACACACACCUAUUCACAUCUAUUCAUACACACAAACACAUAUGUCAACACACAUACACACACGUUCCACAUAGAUACAUAACAUAUAUCCACACACACAUUCCACAACCUGGGAGGCCCUGAGCCAAACCAUGCAGACCGGCACUUUCAUCCUAGUCCUGACCACUGUGGCCACGGUGAGCACCCAGCGGAGGAGGGCCGAGGGCAAUGCCCAUCGCCGGUCCCACCGCGUCCAGCACGGUCAGUGCAGCUACACAUUUGUCCUGCCGGAACCUGAGCCGUGCCCACCAGGGCAAGAGGCCUUUGGCAGCAGUGCCAAUACCCUGCAGCGGGACUCCCCAGCAGAAGCGCUUCAGGGGAAUGACUGGCCAGCCCAGAGGGUGCAACAGUUAGAGCGAGUCCUGGAGAACAACACCCAGUGGCUGCUGAAGCUGGAGAGCUACAUCCAGAGGAAUAUGAAGCCAGAGAUGGUUCAGAUCCAACAGAACGUGGUCCAGAACCAGACAGCUACCAUGCUUGAGCUUGGCACCCACCUGCUCAACCAAACAGCCCAACAAACGAGGAAGCUCACCGACGUGGAAGCCCAGGUACUGAACCAGACAUCCAGGAUUGAGCUCCAGCUGCUGGAGAACUCGCUGUCCACCAACAAGCUGGAGAAGCAGCUCCUCCUGCAGACAAAUGAAAUCCACAAACUGCAGAAUCGGAACAGUGUGUUAGAGACCCGAGUGCGGGCCAUGGAAAGCAAGCACCAGAGCGAGCUGGAGGGCAUCCGGGGAGAGAGGGAGAAGCUCCGGCGCCUGGUGAACCGUCAGAGCAGCACGCUGGAGGGCCUGGAGAGGAGCCUGCACGCAGCGAACAGCAACACCAGCCUCCUCCAGAGGCAGCAGCGGCAGCUCCUGGACUCAGUGCAGCGCCUGGUUCACAUUGUCUCCAGCGGCAAAGCUCUGUUACAGAAGGAUGAGCAAUCCUUCCAGGACUGUUGGGAAAUCCGCCUCUCCGGGGUCAACAUCAGUGGUGUCUACACUAUCCACGUGGCCAAUUGGACGGAGCCCAAGAAGGUAUACUGUGACAUGGAGACCAGUGGUGGGGGGUGGACCCUCAUUCAGCGUCGAGUGAAUGGCAGUGUAAACUUCCAAAGGAACUGGAAAGAUUACAAACAGGGGCUUGGCGAUGCUGCUGGGGAGUACUGGCUGGGCAAUGAGGCGCUGCACCAGCUCACCAGCCAGGCAUCCUAUGCCCUGAGGGUGGAGCUGCUGGACUGGGAGGGGAACCAGGCUUACGCCCAGUAUGAGCGAAUCCCUGGGAGUGAGCAGCAGUUCUACAGGUUGAUGCUGAAGGAGUACAGUGGCACAGCGGGUCACCAAAGUGGCUUGGUCCUCCAGGGCACCAACUUUAGCACCCGAGAUUCUGACAAUGACAACUGUCUUUGCAAGUGCGCCCAGAUGCUGUCUGGAGGAUGGUGGUUUGAUGCUUGUGGGCUCUCCAACCUCAAUGGCAUCUACUACCCAGCCAGGCACAAUGUCCGAAAACUCAAUGGUAUCCGUUGGCACUACUUCCAGGGCCCCAGCUACUCACUUCGGGCCACGCGCAUGAUGGUGAGGCCCACAGACUUCUAGAGCUAUGACAGCCCAGGCGUGGAAGGACAUCAGUGGCGAUCAGGGGGACAAAGACACUCCCCCGCCCUGAGGAGAACUACCUAAAGCUCAACACACCAGGAGGGUGACUGUCUGAGAUGCUUGAAGUUCUGUCUGGAGGAGGAACAGGACCUCAACAGACUGGUGGAUUCCACAAAUUCAUUUGUACUGCCCAAAAUAAGACCAGCUUUGGAUGGCACCAAGAUGCUGGCAGUCAGGGUUGGACUAGCCUCACCAAGAUGGCCAGACUAUCUCCUAGAGGCCACAUUGGCAUUGGCUUUAGGGCUCAGAUUCUUGUGGUUCCCUCACCCUGGAAAGGUCCCACAGAACAGCUUCUUCUGGAUUCCUUGGACACAAGCCCUACUUUGGGGAAGGGAGGCUUCCUCUCUGCUUAUGUUGAUCCCCACUUAAUUCUACUUCUGUUUUGACCUCUCUCUCCCACCAUCUCCCAUCCUCUCCUGGCCUUAAUCAUCCUCUCCGAAUCCAGCCCAUUAUCCUUUCCAUCCUCAGUCUGGGCAGCCCCUCCUUGUCCUCAGUGCUGCCAUCCAAGGGCCUCAUUACAUGGCCAGAUGAACUGGCUCCUUCUCUCUUCCCUACCACCACCACCCACACACAUUUUAAUUAGAUCCAGAGAAUCAUCUUCAUUCAAAAAGACCAAACUUUCAAGUCCUUGGUUACUGCUGGGCUCCCUGGCUAGGAGUACCAGCAAUGUAGACUGCUCUGCUGAGCAUGAGGAAGACUGAGGGCAGGAGAAGGGAUACACUUUGGCUCUCUAACUAUGAGAUGAUUGGAAAUCUCUACUUAGCAUGGGCUUGUCAAGUGCUUCUCUCCAUCUCAGAAGCAGACCUCACUGAGGAAGACCUUGGGUUGGCCUUAAUGACAUGACUUCUUCUCAGAAAUACUUAUCAAGCCCAUCUGGCAUUAAGGGAAUCUGUAUCGCCAGGAGUAGACAGGAAAGCCUAAUGUGGUCAGGAGGGUCAGGGUAGAGGGAGACUGGUCACCCAGAGAGAUGAACCUGUGAAUGGAAAGAGUCAAACCUGGA